AUGUUGUCGUGAGUUUUCUCGCGCACAUUUGAGAAGUGUAUCCCGUCACUAAGCUGUUCAUUCUGUCCCACAGAAAGUUCACCCCGUCAGGUUGUACGACGCGAUCAAUCAUCACAAAUCGCCUGGACAGCACCACUUCCACCUCGGCCACGGUCGCGCCGCCUACGCCGAUGACGAUUUCGCGCCUCACAAGAUGACCGGGGUCGACAAGCUUCACAAGAAGGGCAUCCUUGGUGCUGGAGCUCUGGUAUGCGUGUUGGACACAGGAGUUGACUACAAGCUCCCCGCACUUGGAGGGUGCUACGGCUCCAACUGCCACGUCAAAGUUGGUCACGAUUUCGUAGGCGACGAUGGGAAACAUCCCGGCAUUAAUCCUUUCGCUCAAUGCCAAAGUCAUGGGACGCAGUAAGUUCCAGCAGCUCCCUUGAACCGAAACCCCCUCCACCGCAGUUGUCUGAUCCGCUUCCGCAUGCGUGUGUGUGAACAGCGUUUCUGGUAUCAUUGGCGCUCUCCCUAACAAGGAUGGCUUCACCGGUGUUGCACCUGAAGCGGACAUUGGGAUGUACAGGUUAUUCUCUCAAGCAUGAAGCCUUUUGAGGCGGCUAACAUUGGCUAGUCCUCGGCCAAUCUUCAACAAACUAAUCAAGACGGCCCUCUCCACUGCACGGCCAGGCUUUUUCCUUGCAAGGGAGCCGCAGCUGUAGAUGUCAUCAUACAAGGCUUGAUUGCCGCCGCCACGAGCAACUGCGAUGUCAUCAACAUGUCGCUUGGCGGCGGGAGUGCGUUUAGCGAAGCCGACGUGAUGGAACGGCUCAUUGAUCGUCUCGAGGCGAGGGGUAUCGUCGUCGAGAUCGCUGCCGGGAACGGCGGAGAAGCGGGUCUCUUCACGACAAGCUCGCCGGCUUUGUCUUCUGGAGGGACGAGUGUUGGUUCCGUCAAUGUCGAGUCUUGUCCCGCAUUCCGACUCGAUCUUGAGGAUGGUGGCUCUAUCAAGACGAUCCCCUACCUCGCGAGUGCCCGCUACAAUUCAACCGCGCCCCUGCCGCUGGUCGCACUUUCCUACGAUACGGAACUCAGUUCUAUUGGGGCAGCAUGCGAACCAAUUCCGGCGUCGAUCGACUGCAAAGGUGCAAUUGUGAUCACACAAAGGGGCCUCUGUCCUUUGUUGCAGAAGGUGCAGAACGUCGCCGCCGCCGGUGCUCUGGUGAUCGUGCUCUACACCGCCAACUCGUCAAAACCAUUCACCAUCUACGAUUCGGAGGAACUUCCUCUCUUCCCUAUCGUCAUGACUGCGGAAUUCGUUAUCCCACUCCUGAAAGCGCUCAAGGCCAACCCGCAUAUGAAGGCUUCGCUUUCUGGAGAGCUACCCGAGUCUAACCACGACAUUGUCGACAACCUCACUGGUGGCCUCGUCUCCGGCUUUUCUGCGAUGGGUCCUUCGGCCGACAUGCUGCUUCAAAGUGCAUUCUGCGCACCUGGGGGCAACAUCUUGUCCACCUUUCCUUCCACUGACGGCGGAAUCGGCAUUGACAGCGGAACGUCAAUGGCCACGCCAUUCGCGGCAGGUGCCGCCGCGUUGCUUCUUGCCGGCCGUCGUUCCGAAAAGCUGACGCCAGCGCAGAUCAAAUCGUUGCUCGUGACAACUGCGAAACCGCUUUCAGUGACUCGGAACAGCUCCGAUCUGGUCAGCACGUUGAGGCAAGGCGGUGGUCUGAUCCAAGUCGACAAGGCAUUCGAGGCAAAGACAUUCUUCAGCCCCCUCGCGCUAAGCCUCAACGACACGGCCCACCCACAUCUCACACACGAGAUUGAGAUCACUAACACAAACGAGUUUGACGUCACCUACACGUUUGGCUCGAGAUCAGCACAGAGCUUGGCGGCGUACAAUAAUGUGAGUGCGCGCUUUGCUGCGCAGUGAACGCGCGGUCAGCUUGAUGUUUUGUCAAUUCCUUACCGCGAAUUGCUCUAUUUGCUUCACCAACGUAGAGCGCUAUCGAAGAUGUGCUGCCCGCGGAGACUCCGGUUCCAGUAGAUGGGGCCGCGGAGGUUCUGUUUCAGGUUCCUGUCCUGCGAGUUCUCGCCGGUCAGACGGGGAAGAUCGUUGUGAACUUCAGGACCCCAGUCUUCUCCAAAGAGAACCUAGCUCAACUGCCGUUCUACGGCGGGUAUGUCACGAUCCAGAGUGACGAGUGCACGCAUAUCAACUAUUCGAUUCCUUACUUUGGAUUGGGAUCGAGGCUCAUCAAGAUGCCGGUCGUGGACACUACCUCGACGUUCACCGCUCUCGCCCUUGGCGACGAUGGCACUACGGAGCAGGAUUACUCUUCCUUAAAUCUUCCCCUUUUGUCGACAAACAACAUCGAAUUGAAGGUUCAAGUACCUCAGACGGACCCGAAAAAGGUGGUGAUGUACCAUCGUGCGGCCGGCGUCGCUUUACAGUUCCGAUUUGCAGGUGAGCAACACUCGCAUGGACACUCCCCGAGUUCCUGCAGUUGGUAGGAGACUGACCACGCUCACGCUUGUGCAACAACAUGACAGGCCCUUCGAGGAUGGUCACCGUCGAUUUGGUGCACGCCAAUACGACCUUUAAGGCGAACUUGCCUCGCCGUGUUCGUCAGACUCCAACCGCAGGCCUCGUUCUUGAGGACUUGAACCCGAUAACCAUGCACUUCGGUGAGGACGCUGACGACGACGACGACGAGGUGCCGGGAUCUCCUUCGUGCCCUGCUUUAUCGAAUGCCCAAGUCAUCGGCCGAAUCCAAACGGCCGUCGACGUCCCCCGAGAUCUGCCCGACAGUGGCGACGGACCGGCCACGAGCAUUACUCUCGUCUUCCAGGGCAAGGUCUCGGAAACGCUGGACCCCGACGACGAGAAGACGCUCACUUCGGUCCCUGCGCACACACCGUACAGGAUGCUUCUUAGGUCAGUCCCCACAACUGGAUCACCGUCUUUCCACACAAGAAUGAUCAAGAACCCGCACACAUGCUUACCCGCCUUGUCGCGUGUCUUCCUGGCGCAGGGCGCUCAAACUUACUGCCGACCCGAAGUACGAAUGCAGUUGGGAGUCGUGGCUCUCGCCUUCGUUCGCGUUUUCGGACUAG